UGUGGAAGCGCUGGUCAGGAACUGGCCAGCAGGAGCGACACUUGGGAAGGAAUCCCCAAAACUUUCCCCAAAGUCUUUACCUGUCCAUUACGCGUCGCUUCCAGUUCAUUCGAUGUGAAAACGACGCGCAAUCAAGUGACGCUGAGCGAUGAAGUGGACGUCACCGAGGGCUUGGAGAAAGGAAACAUGAGCAGAGGGGGGGCAAAACUUGUGGAAUGAUGCCUGAGCGACUGCACGUUUUCCUACAAAGUUCAGCUAAGGCUUCCAGUGUUCUGUUCGACCACUCUGCAGUUUUAUCCACUACGACACAGCUCUCCUGCCAUCACCUAAAACCUCAGGGAAGAGUCCCACAAUGAAAGUGACGGUGACAUUUGGACAGAUGGGUGUGGUGGUUCCUUGUAAAGAGGGAUGGACUGUGAGGGAUCUCAUCGAACAAGCCACCCUGAGAUACAGAAAACUGCUCGAAAAGGAAGGGGAAUUCGUGGUUCGGACACACCAUGUUGAAUACUGCGAUGGAGGGAUUCUUGACCCUGAUGAUAUACUGAGUGAUCUUGUGGAGGACAAGGACAAGCUGAUGGCUGUGUAUGAAGAACAGGAAGCCCAAGAGAGGGAUGCAGCCAACACAAGCCCUUCCCCCAGCCAUGAUCGCUACCAGGCUGAGCUGUCUGUCUUCCAGCCAAUCACGGGAGGAGAGAUAGAAGUCAAUUCAUCAGCUCUCAAGUCAAACACCCCCCUGCUGGUGAGAAGCAGCAGUGAUUCAGCUCUCGGUACUCAGUCAGCAGAGCUUGAAUCCUCCCGCCAGGAAGAUGCCUCUGUGAUGGCUGUAAGUCCAGCUGUUGCAAGACCCCAAGUCAAAUAUGUUUUCAGUGACAGCCUGACCCGAACAGUGGAGAUCCUGGGAGGGGACAGUCCUUUGGGAAUCCACGUGGUUCCGUACUGCUCAUCGCUCAGUGGACGGUCUCUUGGGUUGUAUAUCCGCGGAGUGGAGGAAAAAAGUCGCUCCAGUAAGGAAGGUUUGUUCCAGGAGGAUGAAUGCAUUGUCAAGAUUAACAACACGGACCUCAUGGACAAGACGUUUAGCCAAGCCCAAGAAAUCUUCCGGCAGGCAAUGCACUACCCCAUGGUCACUUUGGAAGUACUUUCCUCAUCCAACCGAGAACGCUUUGAGAAGAGUCUGAUCGGUCAGCUUUUUAGCAACAAUUCUAGUCCUGACAGCAGUUCCCAAAUUCCCAAAACCAAAGAGCCACCUCCGCCUGUCAAAGCCAAACCUGUGUUCAAGCCUCCCGAGAGUGCCAUUGUGAGAGUGGCAGAAGCUGCUGGCUCUCUGGAAGCUGCUAGAUCUAAAGGAGGGAGUGAGAGCUCGCUCUCAGAAAAAAGCCCUGCCCUGUCCAGUCUGAUGGCCAGUAAGAAAGGAGGACGCAGAUUAAGAAUUGACCUGAAGAAAGGUUCAGAGGGUCUUGGAUUUACAGUGGUAACUAGAGAUUCGUCAGUUCAUGGUCCUGGUCCAAUUCUUGUCAAAAACAUUCUGCCACGUGGGGCGGCUGUGAAAGAUGGACGCUUGCAAUCAGGAGACCGCAUAUUGGAGGUAAACGGUGUGGACAUUACAGGUGUCGGACAGGAGGAACUGGUGUGCAUGCUGCGAAGCACGCGGCACGGAGAGAGUGUGUGUCUUGUGGUUCUACGACAAGAAGACAUGUUUCUACCCCGCGAGAUGAAAGAUGAGGGGUCCCAUGACUAUGGCUUAAUUUUGGAGAAUGGAAAGGAGCAGCUCAUGUUCGAGGUGCCCCUCAAUGACUCUGGGUCAGCAGGUUUGGGUGUCAGCCUCAAAGGAAACAAGUCAAGAGAGACCGGAGAGGACUUGGGAAUUUUCAUCAAAUCCGUUAUACAUGGAGGGGCUGCUUACAAGGAUGGACGCCUGCACGUCAAUGAUCAGCUGGUCGCUGUGAAUGGAGAGUCUCUGCUCGGACGCUCCAAUCAUGUGGCCAUGGAGACACUCCGCCGCUCCAUGUCACAUGAGGGAAAUGUAAGAGGGACCAUUCAGCUUGUGGUGAUGAGAGUUGUGAAGGAUCAACAUGGCCUGUCAUCCAGCUACUCAUUUGACAACUCCCCUAUGUUGCCUGGCUUGGUGAAUCAAGUGAAUGGUCCCACAGGAUUGGUUCAUCAAACGAACAUGAACAGCACACUUUACACAUCUGACGGAUCAUAUACAAGUUAUUCUCACAUGGAUGAAGAGGCAGAGCAGAAUGGACAUGGAGCAGAGGCAAGAAGCUCCGCUCAGCAGUUCUCCUACCUUCAUGAAAGGGAAAUGUCCCCAUCCCAGUCUGAACUCCAACAGCAGUUCCAGCAUGUAAAGGCCUCCAAGAGCAUAGAUUUAAGCACCACUCCGAACCAGACACAUAUUGUUGCAGAUGAAAUCCCUGUAGGAUCCCUGGUUGAAAACACUGCAGCUCCACAAACCCCUGCUGGACUUGGUCCCACUCUGGGCUUGAAAAAGUCCUGUUCACUGGAGAGUUUGCAAACUGCUAUGUCUGAAGUUAAUAGAAAGAUUGAACUCCUACCUUUCCAUCGCCCUCGUCCAAAUAUGGGCAGAGGAAGAGGUUGCAACGAGAGCUUCAGGGCAGCUAUCGAUAAGUCCUAUGACGGGCCACCCGAUGACGAUGACAAUGCAUCAGAGCAAAGUUCAGGACGGGAAACGCCAGCAAGUAGCUCUUCGCGCCAAGGGCUAGGGGAUCCAGUGGAGGAGAAAACUAAAGUGGACAAGAAAAAGAAAGUCAAAACUAAGAAGAAGGAUAAGAACAGAGGCAAAGGAAAAGAAAAAGAGAAGAAAAAAGCAGAGGAAUCUGAGGAGACUGAAAAGAAGUCUAAGAAAAUAGGCUUUGGCCUGUUGCGAUUUGGAAAGAAAAAAGAGGACAAGAAGGAGGCCAAGGCAGCUUUGCCGCGUCAGAAGUCAGACAUUCUGACUGACCUGGACUUUGAAAGGAUGAAAGAAGAGCGUGAGAGAAAUGAGGCAGGACAUUCUGAGCUGCAUGAGAACCGCUCCAAAGACCAACAAGUUGCAGGUGGCGGACCCAUAUAUGAACAUAUCGAGGAUGAUGACACAGAUCCCAAUUAUGCUCAAAUACAGUCUUUUAAGGACCGUAAUAUGGUUUCACCACCACAGCCACUGCUCCAGUCCUCGCCACACAAUACAGUCCAGCAUGGUCAUCUCAGGACCCCUUCUCCCCAGGGCCCAUUAACCAUUUCUGGGCAAGCCAAUCGGAGUUAUGACCCAGGGGCAAUACCUGAAGACGAAUUUGAUAGGCUUUAUGCAAAAGUCAACAAACCUAAAGGAACUGGGACUGCCUCGGCUCCUGUCUCCGCAACUUCCAGCGACAGCAACAUGGAUCGAAUCCAGCUGCUAAAAAAAGAAUACCAGCAGGCAAAGCGAGAGGGAAUGGUGCCCGCGUAUGAGGAACUGGACCCUCGACGUCUCGGGCAUGAUAAGGACAGGAUUCCGGGCAGAGGGAAAGAUCAUCGAAUCGCGCCACAAUAUGAAGAGGUGGAGCGUCAGUAUGCCUCCCUGCCAAGACGAGGUCCAUUGGAUCCAGCUGAAUACACCAUGCAUCCCUGGGCAGGUCAUUACAUGAGUGUUCCCCAGGCUCCGCAAGGUUACCACAAGGCCCCGUCCUACCCCCACCCCAACUUGCAGUCCCCUCCAUCAUUCUCCAACUACCCCCCAAGUCAACCUUACUCACGGCCAGGGGACCCUCGGGGAGUUGACUCUAGUUUUUACCCCCACCCAAGCUCCCAGCAGAGAGGACCUUUGCGACAGGAUGUGCCCCCAUCACCCACUCCACCGCUUCGGGGACUGCGGUACGACACAAUGACCCGUGGAAAUGCUGGUGGAGGCGCUUACAGGCACCUUGGGGAUCCCAGUCCAGAACAGUAUGGCUACACCGGAGAGACUGGACGACAGCAACAUCAGCACAAAACCAACCCAAGACAAAAGAAUGCCAUGACUGCAGCUGUGUAGAUUUGCAUCCAGAGAGAGCAAUCAGAAAAUACAAAAUAGUCUUUUAACACAGUUCUGUAUUCGGUGCUCCAAUGAGUCGCAGAAAUCAAAGCUCAUUGUGCUGGAAUUCAGAUUUCUCUCACUAUCAAACACAAUCUGCUGUUUGAAGUCCACCGACAAGCUAGACAAAGGAGGUUAAUUGUAGGCCGCAAUACACGAAAUCGCUUUGUUUGAAGUCAUGAUAAUUGCCUCCCUUAACAAACCACAUCCACUAACUGUGUCUUUAGAACCAUGUCUGCUCUCACACCAGGGAAAUAUCAGUCAGUCAGUCGGCUGGUUGGACCGCCACUUUGGUUACAAAUGAACUCCAAUAUUGUUUCGUCAUGCACCAUCAUCAGGAUCAGGAUUUGAUUGUGUACUGUACAACCAAAUACUGUCAUAACCCAAAACGUUAGGAUCCGUAGUUUUGGGCAUGAAUACAUUUACACGCAAGGCAAAGUCUGAAACUUUGUCUUUCUGCACUUAUGAAUGAUGGCAUUGAAAAGGUAACGAUAUAACACUUAAGCACAUUUGAAUCCAGAUUUUAACCACUUCAUUUAAUGUGACGAUACAAUAAUUUACGAAAACUUUCAGUCACUCCACUUAGUCACACAAGUAACACACAAACUGAUCAAACUCAAAUGUUUGUCUUUCUGAAGACGAAUAGUGACAAAGGUCAGGACGUACCACUGUUGUAAACAGGCCCAAACCACUGUUCUGUUCAAAACAUAAACCGUUAGAUGGAAUACAUUUGGUUGUUUUUACGGCCCAUAUAAUAAACGCGCACACUCCAGGCGAUUUCAGCAGAAUUCUUCAACUGUUUACUUGAAUGGGUGAUUGUAGUAUCAAAUAAGACAAAUUAAGUACACAAAAAAAUUGGGGGCUGUAGAAGUGGGGGGAAAGGGAUUGCUAGAGGACUGGAAAUUUUUUUUUCCCUUUUCUUUUUUUUUUAGUCCCAUCAGUCCACACUCUUUUUGGCCUGGUGAUGUGUUCAAGUACACACAGGAACCAAGCGAAAGGGUCCACUUAGUGUUGGCACACCAUUUAACCACUUGCUAAAAAGUCACUUGACAGAAAUAAGCGUUCAAACCUGUGUUAUCAUCUUUUCUAGUUGAACAGCAUGUCAGUGGAUAAUACAUGCACCAAAAAAAAAAAAAAAAAAAAAGCAUUUCAGAAUCAGCUCAAUUGCUUUUGAUGAAACUCCACUGAAGCAUUUCAUUUUGGUCGCAAUUUUGCUUGUCAAUUUUGGCCAAACCAAGAGGGUACGAAUAAAUUGACUAGAGGGCUCAGAAAUGAAACGGUGGUGUUGGAUGAGGGUAAGGAUACACAAGGGGGAGGAAGAAUGUGGCUCGAAGAUGCAGUGCAGGAUUUCACGAAUGUGGCACAGAAGAGUUUGAGUGAGAGUUUCGAGUAUAUCCUGGAAAUGUAACUCUGCAGUGGGAGGAAUACAUUUUUAGCGCCAAGGUUAAUCAUAGUUCUCUUCACUACAGGUAUUACUGGAAAAAAAAAGGUAUUGCAGUAUGACUGUGAGCGUGGGGAAUGUACGAGUGUUGGAGAAAAUGAUCCAAUAGCAAAUUACUGAAGAGGAGCUCCACUUCACUGAGAUGUGAAUGUUACAUGCAGUCACUUUACUGUCAUUACAAGUAUGUGGUUAGUCUCAAUGGUCACUGACCAGGUGCGUCAGAAAAACUCCAGGACACAACAGAUAUACAGUGGGGCCUUGAGAUAAAGAGUUGAAUUUGUUCCGUGGCCAUGCUUAUCUCAAAUCAUCUUCCCCCAACGAAAUGAAUGGAAAUGCCAUUCAUACUUUCCAGCCUGCCAAGAAAACAACCAUUUUUUUUAAUAAGGAAACUAGCCCUCUUUAAUAUUAUACUUCAUUGAAAAAAUAUAUUGUAAUGUCGUUAUAGGAUGCAAAGAACAGUUCUGCCACAUUUCUUGCUUCAAUUCAAUGGACAUUGUGCUGCUCCUUUUGCGAUUUGGCCACCAGGGGGCGGUAUGAGAUGAGAUGAGCUCAGUGCAGCACAGGCGUCUCAGAUUUUUGCUUGCAAAUUAAAGCUAAAAGUCGUCUGAGCGAAAGUUGGGUCACUGGUUUCCCAAGGUGCUCACUUGUUUGUAACUCCAGUCCUGGAACUUUUCUGACACAACUUGUACAAAGUACCUAUAUGCAAUUCAUAAUUCUGAUUUUUGUUUUUAAACACCUUUCUUUUUAUGAAUGUCUUUAUUAAUAUGGAUUCGCAGAUUGUUUCACAAAAGUCACCUUGCAGUCUUUAAGCACACGUUUUACACGAAUGAACAAGCAAACCUUUUGUGAAAAGUGCAUACUGUUGCACGGUCGAACAUCCUGUAUGCAAGCUCUGUUCUUUUUUUUUGUGGUAUAACCUAAAGGUACAUUCCAGGAGUCCCUUUUUUUAAAGACUUCUGUUGCUCACCGAAACCAGUGUAUGAAGGAAAAAUAAUAUUUUUAUUAAGUGUAUUGUUUGUAAAAUCCAUGAAAACAAAUAUAACUGUCAUUUUUGUAAUGGUCACAUUUUAUAUUACAGCAUGUAUAUAACAUUUUUUGCAUUAAAAAUGUUUUCAA